AUGUGGAUCUUUGAAGGUGAUCUCAGUUGGGACGAUUGGACGAUAUUCAUUGUUGCAGCUAUAGCGGUAGGCAUGGGGGCCAUAAUUCACUAUGAUACACGGCAUGGACUGGGACAGAAUAUCUGGAAUGUCGAUAUCGAUACCGUUACGCAUCUCUUGUUCGUAAGUUCUCGCAUCACCUUAAAGACUUUCAGGGAUCCUCCCCAGCAUGCUAAAAUGAUCUCAGUAUAUUUAUAUCGGCGGAUUCUUCUACCUCCCAGUCACUUGUGGUGCCAAGAUCUCGAUUUUGCUCCUUUACGUCCGCAUCUUCGACAGCGCGGCCAGCGAAAGACAUCGGUUUCGCAACAUUUGCUGGGCCCUGAUCGCUCUCAUCACGGCUACUACACUUGGAUGCAUAGUCUCUUGGGUUCUGGAGUGUGAACCUCUGAACCUCAUCUGGACGCGCUGGACAUACUCUCCGACCGAGUCAUAUAAGGGCCAUUGCGCCAACGCGGAAAUCCAGGUCUACACCUUCGCGGCCCUGAACAUGGUAUAUGACCUGGUCGUCUUCUGCCUGCCGAUUCACAGGGUGCUCAAAAUGCGAAGUCAGAGCACGAGACGAAAGGUUACCAUCAUUCUGACUUUUCUCGUCGGCCUCUUCGUCACGACUUGCAGUGCCGUUCGACUCCAGUACCUGGUGAACUUUGGCACGCCAAAGGAUCCGACCUUUCAAUACGCCCACAUGUGCAUGGUCUCCAUGUUUGAGUGUUACUUUGGCAUCAUAUGCGCUUGUAUGCCGCUUAUCGCUGGCUCCGUGAGACGAAUGUUCGCGACGAAGGUCAAUGCUGUGCUGAGAAGUCGCAGUAGUGAUUGGAGUAGCGGUCCACUGGUAUUACCGCCCAUGGCGACUACAGGCCCAGAAAGGGCCGUGAUCGCACAUGCAGUCUCUGAUGGUGAAGGAUUUAUCGACUAUGCAAAGCGGCAAGACAGUGUUGUGCCUGCUUUGCAGCCUGUAUAG